CGAUCCUCAGCCAGAACACUGCUAGUGCAGACUGUAUAUACUGUAUACUGUAUACUGAAUCCUCUUGGUGUGCGCUGUGUUCGGUGUACAGGGUAAACCCCGUAGGACUUGAAAAGCCGAGAAGAGCCGCUCCCGACGCUGGCAACGCCUUAGCCCCGCCACCCUCCACACCCACCCAUCCAUCCAUCCAUCCGGGAGUGAGUCAACCCCGCAUCGCCCGGCUUGGCCUGUGUCGGUCUGUGAAUGGGCGGGUGGCCUCUUCUUUGGACCAGUGGCCCUAACCUCCCCCGCCUGCCCUUGGGGUAUACCCGCCCAGGGACGUCGGACAUGCCGGUUUUUUUAAGGCUCGAGGGCUGAGCCCACCGCCCUUCAUCCGGACUAUGGCUCAGCCCAGCUGAUUGGUCCACCCCCAGGGCGUGCCGGGUGAGAUGUUAAGUGGGGGCGUGGCCCAGACUGGUGGCCCGCCCAAGUUGAAUGUCAUGAACGGUGGUGAGCGCGCGGUGUCUGUGCCUGAAAUGUGCGAUCCUUUGUCGGGCGUGGCGCGCUCGGCGUCGUCGGUGACGUCGCUGUCGCGGAAUGUCAACGGCACGGCGGCCCGUAAGCGGCUGGAAGACCGCUUGUUCCCGCGGGAGCCGCGCCAGGUGCUGCUGCGCAAAGGUCAGUCGGGCCUGGGCUUUAAUAUUGUGGGCGGGGAAGAUGCCGAAGGGAUCUUCAUCUCGUUCAUCUUGGCCGGGAGUCCGGCGGCCAAUUCCGGCGACUUGCGGCGUGGCGAUCAAAUCUUGUAUGUGAAUGACACGGACAUUCAGCGGGUGUCGCAUGAUGUGGCGGCCAAGACGCUCAAGUCCACGGGUGAAACCGUGCGACUCACUGUGCAAUAUCGCCCCGAAGACUACAACCGGUAUGAGGCGCGCCUGCACGAAAUACAGCAGACUAUGACCGGCACGUUGGUGCGCACGUCGCCUAAGCGUACGCUGUAUGUGCGCGCUCUGUUUGCCUAUGACCCCGCGCGCGAUGAUGGGCUACCGAGUCGGGGCCUGCCUUUCGCGUACGGGGACAUUUUGCACGUGACCAAUGCGUCAGACGAUGAGUGGUGGCAGGCCCGGAAAGUCCUACCCAAUGGGGAAGAAGCCGGCCUAGGCAUCAUUCCGUCUAAGGUGCGUUGGGAGCGCAAGCAGGGCAAGAAGAAUCGCCGCCUUGUGUUCCACGGAAGUCGAAGUUCCACCAGUCUGGACCGCUCCGUGGGCAGUAUCAAUCGCCGGGCCAAGGGCCAAAAAAUCGCCUUCAGUCGCAAGUUUCCGUUCAUGAAGUCGCGUGAACGGCUCAAUAAGUUAGACGAUGAAGAAGAUAUGAAUGGUGACCUCGAGCCCGCCCCCACCAGGGGUCGCGAGGAGACUCGCAGCCAAAUGACAGUCCUCACCUACGAAGCGGUGCAAGAGAUCGACCUGGAGUUUACCCGACCUGUUAUAAUCCUCGGUCCGUUAAAGGACCGAAUCAACGACGACCUCAUGCGGGAGUUCCCGGACCGCUUCGGCUCCUGCGUCCCACAUACGACCCGCCCGCAAAGGGAGCACGAAGUGAACGCGCGUGACUAUCAUUUCGUCAAGAGUGUCGAACAAAUGGAGGCCGAGAUCGAGGCUCAUCUCUUCAUCGAGGCCGGACAAUACAACGACAACUUGUACGGAACGGCCGUUCAGAGUGUCAUUGAUGUGGCCGUGCAGGGCAAGCAUUGCAUCUUGGACGUGUCGGCCAACGCCAUCAAACGUUUGCACGUGGCUCAAUUGUAUCCCAUCGCCAUCUUCCUGAAGCCUCAAUCCGUGGAAAGCAUCCUCGAGAUGAAUAAACGCAUGACGGAAGAUCAGGCCCGAAAGACCUACGAUCGGGCCACGAAAAUGGAAAUGGACUUUGGCGAGUUCUUCUCGGCCAUCGUUCAAGGCGACACGCCCGAGGAGAUCUACGAAAAGGUCAAGGACGUGAUCCAAGAGCAAUCGGGCGACACGAUUUGGGUUCCUUCCAAAGAAAAGCUGUGAUGAAUGAUUGUCUGGCUAGCUGACGCUCCGAAACCUUCCAACAGUUCGAAUCCCACCCACCAGAAGAAGCACCUUGCCUUGCACGCGGGUGUAAUAUUUUCGUACUCGCCCUCCUCCUUCACCCUCCUGCUUCUCCUCCUUUGGGAGUGGAAGUGGGACGUCAUCUAGGAUUGUGAGUGAUUGGGGUGAAAUCGAUGCAUGACAUGAACUGUCCUGUUAUUCUGAAAGCAAGAAAUAAGCGAGAAUGCUAUCUCGACGAAUGAUGAUUUUUGGUCCACUGUGAGAUCGGACACCCACCUGUUCUUCUUUUUAUAUUAUUAUUACGAUUAUUAUUAAUGUUAUCAUAAUGAGCCCUUCCCCUAUCUUACGACCUACUAUUACUACUACUACUAUUUUGCCAUUAUUACUAUUGUCCAGCCCGCCUGUUUGUUUGUUCAAACAAAAUCUCGUGAAAAUUUCGACCCGCCCCUUUGUUGCUAAUAAUGUUUUUGUACAUGUUUCGAAACACAUACACACACUUUGAUCAGUAAAAGAGAAUGAUGACAAAAUGCA